AUGCCUAUCCAGGAUAUCACCCAAAUGAUGGUCAAUCAACUGAGCGACAAGGCUAAGAAUCAUAGCUGUGAAGGGGUCCCGGUGGGAACCUUCAAAGGUGAUCACCCGGACCCCUUACUCUGUUGGCUGGUCUACCUGACCCUCAACUGGUUUGGAACAGUCAGGCUACACCUUACAAACCUCGGCAUCGACGGAAACACCUACGGCUGCCAGACAUUGUCAUCGCGUAAGCACGCCAAAGGCUCAGUAUUAAUUGACCAGGCAAACCUAUUCGGCGAUAUCGCAGCCCUAGACCCCAUCGCCCUGGCACGGUGGGCGUUCGACUACCUCAAAACAAAGGGAGCUACUAGGAACUGGGGAGUCGAAACUUUCGAUCAGCUCCGUCGGGACGGCAAACAGAAGAAAGAGGCUGUUGACUUGACGAGACCUGAUCCAGCCGACACCAACCAAUUAUAUCCAUUUUAG